AUGGAUCCCAAAACAAAGCAAUUGUAUCUCGCCGAUGCGCCUCCGAACGUGGUCAAGCUUGAGAUUAAACCACAUUUUGAAGCUUUGACCGACAAGCAAAAACGAUAUGCUCAUCAUAUCAGCAGGGCUUCAUUUCUUGGUACCCGGGUUACACUGCGUCAAGUUUCUCCCGAAUCAGAACCAAUAUACGAUCUGAUCAUUACUCUCUACAAAUCAUGCAAAGGGGAAUGGAAAACAUUGGCUGAAAGGACAGGCACCUCAUUGCAAGACCUCACCAGCUUCUUGGAGUACGCCACACAGUUUUUGGGCAACUGCGGCAACUACAAGGGUUUCGGAGACUCAAAGUUUAUUCCAAGGCUUUCGCAGGAGGCGUUGAGGAAGCUCGCGUCAUGUUCUCCAGAAAGCGAAAAAGCUUUGCAGAAGGCAAUGACCGCAGGCGGUGGAAUAUACGAGACCAAAGACACAGCGCUUAUGCAUCUGGGUUACCCGCAAGAUGGGCAUAUGACGGCCUAUUAUCCCGACUCACCCACAAUCACAAAGGAGGAGAUAUCGUCAAUUGGAGACCUGCUAGAAAAGAAGAAACUGCUGCUCGAGAAUACCAGGCUCCGGAAGACAUCAACGGGAGAUUUUGAGCUCCUAAUCGCCAGUGCUGAGAGCAACCCAGCACCUGCGAACAGAGACCUUGGCGACAUCGAUUACUUAGAUCUAGAGGCAGAGCUUGCGGGAAAGAAGUUAAAGUUCGUCUUCGGGGAUUACUCUAAAGAAAUGGAAAACAUAAGCAAUGAAUCUGGCAAGGCAGCAGAAUACGCCAACAACGAUGUCCAGAAGUCCAUGCAUGAGCAGUACCGGAGAUCUUUUCACACAGGCUCGAUCCAAGCCUUCAAAGAGAGCCAAAGAUAUUGGAUCAGAGACAAGGGACCCAUGGUAGAAUGCAACUAUGGCUUCAUUGAAACCUACCGUGAUCCUCAUGGCGUUCGAGGAGAGUGGGAAGGUUUCGUCGCGAUGGUGAAUCAAGAGCGGACGCGAGCAUUCGGCAAACUCGUCGAGUCCGCCUCGAGCAUGAUACCAAAAUUACCCUGGAGCUCCGACUUCGAAAAAGACAAAUUCCUCAGUCCGGACUUUACCUCUCUAGAAGUCCUCUCCUUCGCCGGAAGCGGCAUCCCAGCUGGGAUCAACAUCCCCAACUACGACGACAUCCGGCAAAACCUAGGAUUCAAAAACGUCUCCCUGGGCAACGUCCUCAGCGCCAAAUCCCCCAACGAACCCAUCCCCUUCAUCCGCGCCGCUGACGAUGUCCUGUACCGUAAGUGCCGCGAUCCGGCAUUCGAAGUGCAAGUUGGGAUCCACGAACUUCUCGGCCACGGGACGGGAAAACUACUUCAAGAAAUCGAACCGGGCGUCUACAAUUUCGACCAUGUCAAUCCGCCCAUAAAUCCGGUCACCAACAAACCCGUGUCAACAUGGUACAAGCCCGGACAGACCUGGUCGUCGGUCUUCGGGCCCAUCGCCUCUUCCUACGAAGAAUGCCGCGCCGAAUGCGUCGCCAUGGUGCUGGGCUGUGACUUUGGGAUCCUCAAGAUCUUCGGCUUCGGCACUGGAAAGGAAGACAUGAACAACGAGGCCGGCGACGUACUCUACGUGGCGUACCUGCAGAUGGCGCGCGCCGGGGUCGGAGCGCUGGAGUACUGGGACCCGCAGAGCCGGAAGUGGGGCCAGGCACACAUGCAGGCUCGAUUUAGCAUUUUGCGCACGUUCAUGGACGCAGGCGACAAUUUCGUCGAAUUGAAGGCGUCCAGAGACGAUCUCUCGGAUCUGGAGAUCCAUCUUGACCGCUCCAAGAUAUUGAGUCAUGGCCGGCCGGCUGUGGAGAGGUAUCUGCAGAAAUUGCAUGUGUAUAAGAGUACGGCGGAUGUGGAGGCGGGCAGGAAGUUGUAUGAUGAGGUUACGGGGGUGGAUGAGUGGUGGGGUGGGAAGUUGAGGCCGGUUGUGCUGGAGAAGAAGACGCCGAGGAAGGUUUUUGUGCAGGCAAAUACCGUGCUGGAGGGGGAGGAUAUGGUGUUGAGGGAGUAUGAGCCCACCAUGGAGGGUAUGAUACAGAGUUUUGCUGAGAGGGAUAUUUGA